GGCGAAGCCUAACAUCCCGCCUGACCAUCCCACCAAUAAGCUCACAGUAUAUAAUUGACCUCAGGGCUAGGCUUGCUUUGACUUUUUUGUGAUUGGACAUAACAAAAUGCAUGCGCCCAAUCUCAUUGUGUCUUUUUAGAAAAAUGGAAUAAUCAAUAUAAACCCUGCGUAGGCACAGCCUUAAGAGUUGUAGAGUGUAUCGAUCAAAUAUAUUUCUAUCCCUGGCAUAAACGAUGCUUAGUUUGUGCUUGGUCCUACUUUAGAAACAGCUGGAUGCUUCGCAUUGCAAAGUUGAUUAUUGAUUAGUGGAUAUUGCUAUUUUUUAUUCUCACCCCCUAAAAAUUGUCAAGAUUUGAACGAUUUCAAUUGAAUAUCCAAUGGAAACUUCAGUCAGUUAUAAAAUGGAUUCGUCAGAUGAAAGUUCGUCUCUUUCAGUAAACCAAACAGACACACCAACUUGUGUUCAUAAACACGAACCUACUGCUGAAGAAAAAAAGCUUACGAGACUUCUAAUUGAACGUGUUCUCCCACCAUUUUCAAAAUCACUAAAACUACAAGCUCUUGUGGUUUACCAAGCUGAUCAAGAAAAGAUGAAAUGUUUACUUGUUAACCAAACUUAUGAGAAAACAAAUGAUCAUUCUUUCGAAAACGGAAGUCCUAAUCAAGAUUUAUCAGAUUCAGGAAUUAUGGAUACAUCUACAGAGUCGGUUUCACCGAUUAAAACACAAGCUGAUGACGUUAUAAAGAAGUACGGCUUUUCGAUCUCACGACGUAAACGGAAGCUAAGUCGACCAUGUAAAAUACCUCAAAGUUCUAUUGUUUCUGAUCCUACUGAACCUUUACCUGCUACAACUGCUUCAUCAACAACUCCCGUUUCAGCUCAACCAGUCUCAAAAGCAGUCACUGAAAUUGUAACGCCGAUGAAAAGUGGGCCAACAAAUGGUUUAUUUUUACCUGUCUCAGCAGUUACACUUCUUCCUCAUGUGAGUGUUUUCUCCCUACCUGUAACAGUACUAUCAACUGUCCAUCGUCCUAUUUUACCUCGAAUUUGCACUGAUAAACAGCCUAUUCCCCGUCCUGUUAAUAGUUGUAAUUUACAGACAGUUAUUUCGCCUCAAUCAAAACAUACAACGUCAUCUAAUUCAGUUUCUAAGAAUUCCACCAGAGAAUCCGUAAACUCAACAGACGAUCCAAGUAUCCAUAAUCGUCGAUAUGCUAAGUCAUUUAUAUGCAAUCAGUGUCGAAAACCAUUUACAUCAUUAACUUUACUAUGUGAACAUACCUUCGCAGUGCAUAAAGCAUUUAAGUGUACUAUAUGCGGUGCACAAUUUACUCAACGAUCCAAUCUUCAACGUCAUUCCCUUCGUCAUGUUGGUUUCAAACCUUUUGUAUGUAAAAUAUGCGAUAAAUCUUAUUAUCGUAAAGAUCAUCUUGUUCGACAUAUUGAACUAACACAUCCUGGUUGUGAUCCACGUACAAAUCUUACUGUGAAACUAAGUUCAGCUGAAUGUUUAGAUUAUUUAGAUCAAAUUAAUAAACACGACAAUACAAAUGGUGAACAAAUACAAAUAUCAUGUCAAAACACCACUAAUAAUAAUAAUAACAAUAAUAAUAAUAAUACUCCUGAAAUUACUGUCAAACAAGAUGAAAGUGAUUCACAAGAGAAAUUAUGCAUUCUGGUAUCUCAACAACAAGAACAAUCUAGCAUUCACUCACAAUCACAUCAAAUAUGCACUAGUAUAAAUUCCUAAAAAAAGCCAGUUGUUAUUACUAUUAUUGUUUUCCCAAAAAAAGGAGUCUUGUCAUAUCACUGUUUUCUUUUCUACCAAUAUUAGACAGCUAUUGUUUGGGGUUUGUUUUUUUUUCAUACUUUUCUAUUCUUCAUUGUUUUGUUUGUUUGGUUUAUUUUUCUUUUCUAGAAAUUUUUUUAUUAUUAAGAAUUUAGUCAUUUUCUACUUUUAUAUUUUGUAUAAAUUAUUAUCAUUAUCCGUUUAAGAAAAUCAUUCUCAUCUUUAUAAUGGCUUAUUAUGCAUCAUUGGUUGGUUUAUAAUUAAUUAUAAUUUACUAAUAUGCUUGUUUGUGAUAACGAAUAAUAAACGAAAUCUAUAAUUGUAUAAACAACUCAUUAUGUUAGUUGGUUUUAUAUUACCGUAUAUACCUUGGAGACAAUUUGUAUAUUUUGAAUGUAACUUAUUGCGUUUUGAAACUCAUUAGUUUUUUUUUUGUUUUGUUUUUUUUAUUACAAAAUUUGAUCGAGAUAAGUUUCACAUGUGAUUUGAGUUUUUGUUGUUGUUCAUCUUAAGAAAAUCUUUUUAUUGUAUUCAUAUACAAAGUUUACUUUAAGUUA